AUGUUCCGCAUCCACCGCCGCGCCGCGUCCCUCUCAUCGUCUGCCAGCCGCCUCUCUGCGCUCACGCCUCGUCGUUCUAAUGGCGUCCGCGGCUUCCGCUCCAUCCCGGGCGAAGGCGCCGACAAGCGCGCUAUCUUCCAACAGAAAGGCCUGUACCGCCAGAUCGAGGAGAAGGACAGCUGCGGUGUCGGUAUGAUCGCCAGCCUUAAGAAGAAGCCGUCCCGGUCCACCGUUGUACAGGCUAACGAGAUGCUUGUGCGUAUGUCCCACCGCGGUGGCUGUGGCUGCGACCCUGCAUCCGGAGACGGCGCAGGAAUGUUGGUCGCGCUGCCGCACGAGUUCGUCCAGCGUGUCACUACAGACGGCGAAUUCGGCGCCGCCGCGAAGCUGCUGACUCUCGAGAAGGAGAAGUACGCUGUAGGCAAUGUCUUCUUUAACAAGAACGCACCGAACGACAUCCCGUUGGCCAAAAAGACGUUCGAUGACAUGGCUGAGGCCAUGGGGCUCAAAGUUGUGGGCUGGAGAGCCAUGCCCACGACGUCCAACACACUAGGAGCCACAUCUUUGGCCUCGGAGCCUCAUGUCGAACAGGUUAUGGUACUUAACGAGAACCCGAACCUCUCGGGAGACGACUUUGAGAAGGAACUCCUACGACUACGCAAUGUGGUCACAUCAGUGAACGAGAAGAAGUUCUCGGACUUUUACGUCAACUCUCUGAGUAACCGUACCAUCACUUACAAGGGUCAGCUCACGCCUGAGCAGCUCUUCGAGUACUACGACGAUCUGUCGGCCAAGGAUUUCACGUCGUAUGUGGCGCUAGUGCACUCGCGGUUCUCCACCAACACGUUCCCGUCCUGGGAUCGCGCGCAGCCCAACCGCAUCAUGUGCCACAACGGAGAGAUCAACACUCUGCGUGGCAACAAGAACUGGAUGUACGCGCGUGGAGGCAAGUUGCACAGCUCGUACUUCGGCAACCGCACGUCGGAUCUGCUGCCUGUUUGCUCGGACUCCAAGUCGGACUCUGGCAACUUUGACGCCGUACUGGAGAUCCUCACGAAGGCCAGCUCGUGCAACCGUUCCCUCCCUGAGGGAAUGAUGAUGAUGAUUCCCGAAGCGUGGCAGAAUGACCCGCUCAUCGACGCGCACAAGAAGGACAUGUACAAGUACCAGUCGCUGCUCAUGGAGCCGUGGGACGGACCGGCUAUGAUGGCGUUCACGGACGGCAAGACGAUCGGCGCCACGCUGGACCGCAACGGGCUGCGUCCGAGUCGCUACUACGUCACUAAGGACGACCACGUGCUGCUGUCCAGUGAGAUUGGAGUGCUGGAGCACCUGCCGGAGAAGGACAUCAAGUACAAGCGUCGUCUGGAGCCCGGCAAGAUGUUCCUGGUGGACUUUGAGCGCGGCAUGAUCGUGUCGGACGACGAAGUCAAGAAAUCUGUGAGCGAGAGUCGUCCGUUUAAGAAGUGGCUGGACGAGAACCUCGUGUCGCUGGCCGAGCUGACUGCCGCCAAGAAGGACGCGUCGACGGAGCUCAAGCGCCGUCCGAACUACGCCGAACUCAACCGCCGGCUCAACAUGUUUGGCUACACGACAGAGACGAUGGACCUGCUGAUGAUGCCCAUGGGAAUCUACGGCAAGGAGUCACUGGGCAGUAUGGGCAAUGAUGCGCCGCUGGCGGUGCUGUCGGAACAGCCUAAGCUGCCGUUUGAGUACUUCAAGCAGCUGUUCGCGCAGGUGACGAACCCGCCGAUUGACCCCAUCCGAGAGGAGCUCGUCAUGAGCUUGAUGUGCCCCGUCGGCCCGGCUGCAAAUGUCCUGGAUGCCACGGCUGAACACGCCAAGCGUCUAAUGGUGGAGCACCCAGUCAUGUCGAACGCCGAGAUGAGCGUUCUGAAGAGCACUGGCCACGCUGACUGGACGCCCAAGGUGCUGGACGCCACGUUCGCCGCGGGAAGUGGCGCUCGCGGUCUUGUGGAGGCGCUUUACCGUCUGUGCGAGCAAGCUACGGACGCGCUGGUGAACGAGAAGGCUCCCAUUAUCGUGCUGUCCGACAAGCUCGCUGGUGUGAACCGUUACCCUGUGCCGUCGCUGCUCGCGAUCGGUGCCGUGCACCAGCACUUGUUGCGCACUCAGCAGCGCACGAGUGUCGCGCUGUUCGCGGAGUGUGGUGACGCCAAGGAGGUGCACGACUUCUGCACCUUGCUGGGCUUCGGCGCCGACGCCAUCAACCCGCACAUGGCGGAGAUGGCGCUGAACAAGAUGAACGACGAAGGGUUACUGUACGCGCACUCGAAGCAGGAGAUGAGCAACGCUGAAGUGUUUGACAAGUACCGUGCGGCGGUGGGCAAGGGCAUCCUCAAGGUCAUGUCCAAGAUGGGCAUCUCGACGCUGCAGUCGUACAAGGGCGCGCAGGUGUUCGAGGCGGUGGGUUUGGGUGACGACAUCAUCAGCAUGUGCUUCGAAGGCACCAACUCGCGCAUCCAAGGCACGGACUUUGAGGCGCUGUACACGGACAUCUCUCGCUUCCACGAGGCCGGCUACCCACUGCACUCGGACAUGCUGCCGCUGAUCCGUAACCCGGGCAGCUACCACUUCCGGAACGACGCCGAGGUCCACUACAACUCGCCCAAGAAUAUUGUGGCGCUGCAGCGCGCGGCGCGCGAGAACUCGCGAGAGGCCUACGCGCAGUACGUGGAGGAGACGAACGAGCUGUGCAAGCGCGUGAACCUGCGCGGUCUGCUGGACUUUAAGUUCGUGGACGAGGACAAGAUGCCCAGACUUGACGAGAUGGAGAGCGUCGCGGACAUCGUCAAGCGCUUCAACACUGGCGCGAUGAGUCUGGGCAGUAUCUCGCAGGAGACGCACGAGGCUCUGGCGGUCGCCAUGAACACGCUGGGUGGACGCAGCAACACUGGCGAAGGCGGGGAGGACGUCAAACGCUUCACCAAGGCUGGAGGCCCGCCCAACCCGCGUCGCUCGGCCAUCAAGCAGGUGGCGUCGGGCCGCUUCGGUGUGACGAUGAACUACCUGACGAACGCGGACCAGCUGCAGAUCAAGAUGGCGCAAGGCGCCAAGCCUGGCGAGGGCGGCGAGCUGCCCGGCCACAAGGUCAGCGACUACAUUGGCUCGAUGCGCCACACGACUCCGGGCGUGGGGCUCAUCUCGCCGCCGCCGCACCACGACAUUUACUCGAUCGAGGACCUGGCACAGCUGAUUCACGACCUAAAGCACUCGAACCCGUCGGCGGAGGUGUCGGUCAAGCUGGUGUCGGAGGUCGGCGUCGGAGUGGUGGCUGCCGGUGUGGCUAAGGCGAAGUCGGACCACAUCACCGUCUCUGGCCACGACGGCGGCACUGGCGCUGCGGUGUGGACUGGUGUCAAGAACGGCGGACUGCCGUGGGAGCUGGGACUGGCCGAGACGCAGCAAACGCUGGUGCUGAACGACCUGCGCUCGCGUGUCAAGCUGCAGACGGACGGCCAGCUCAAGACUGGCCGCGACGUGAUGGUCGCUGCGUUGCUCGGCGCCGAGGAGUUCGGCUUUGCGACGGGUCCACUGAUUGCUCUGGGCUGCAUCAUGAUGCGCAAGUGCCACUUGAACACGUGCCCCGUCGGUGUCGCCACGCAGGACCCGGAGCUGCGCAAGAAGUUCCAGGGCCAGCCCGAGCACGUGGUCAACUUCAUGUUCAUGCUGGCGGAGGAGGUGCAGGACUACAUGCGUCGGCUGGGCUUCCGCAAGCUGGACGAUCUGAUCGGACGCGCUGACCUGCUCAAGGUGAACCAGGACGCGCUGCACUACAAGAGCCGCAAGCUGGACCUGUCUCCGCUGCUUAUCAACGCCAGCACGUUGAACGAGGGCGCUGGCGUGAAGAAGGAGAUGGAGCAGGACCACGAGGUGGACAAGUGCAUCGACAUGCGUCUCAUUGACAAGGCCAAGACGGCGCUGGAGAACAAGACGCCCGUCGUGAUCGAGGACGUUGCCACUAACCUGGACCGUACGCUCGGUGCUACUUUGUCACACGAGGUCUGCAAGCGCUACGGAGAGGAGGGUCUGCCCGACGGAACGAUCCACCUGAAGCUCAAGGGCCAUGGCGGCCAGAGUUUGGCCUUCGGGCUGGCCAAGGGCGUGCGUCUUGACCUCGAGGGCGACUCGAACGACUACGUCGGCAAGGCUCUGUCUGGUGGCGAGGUGUCGGUGUACCCGAGCGAGGACUUUUCGGAGCGUGCCAACCCGGAGAACGUGAUUAUCGGCAACGCGGUGCUGUACGGAGCGACCAGUGGGGAGGCCUACUUCUCCGGUAAGGCCGGGGAGCGCUUCUGCGUACGUAACUCUGGCGUCAAGGCUGUCGUUGAGGGCGUGGGUGACCACGGCUGCGAGUACAUGACUGGCGGACGCGUGGUUGUUCUCGGCUCCACUGGGCGUAACUUCGCUGCUGGUAUGUCUGGCGGUAUCGCGUACAUCUUCGACGAGGACGCGUCGUUCCAGGAGAAGUGCAACAUGGGGAUGGUGGGUGUCGGUCCGUUGACGGAGACGGCGUCGGAUGCGGAGAUCCAGGAGGUCAAGGCGCUCAUCGCCAAGCAUCUGGAACGUACGCAGUCGCCAAAGGCGCAGAGGGUGCUGGACAAUUGGGACGCAUCGGUGCACAAGUUCAUGCGCGUGAUGCCGUCCGACUACGAGCGCGUCCUACUGCAGAGCGCGGCGGUCGUGAAGGAGACCAAGAAGUUGGCUUCGGCAUCCGCUUAA